AGACAAGCCUAAGCCGGCGGGUGUGUUCAGUGUGGCUAAAUCAAAUUAGAAAAAAGAAGAAACAAAUUGGAUGUGUUUUAUAUUUAGAAAAUUUAAAGCAAUUGUCAUUUCGUUGCGCGUUUCCUUAUGUAAAUACCGCUUGGUUGCAGAUCUUUUCAACUAACUACCAAGCCAAGUAUAUACAUACGUCGAAAUCCGCCAGCCAGGUGAAGUGGAACUACUUAGCAAAUAUCCUAACUUUAUCAUCCUUAUAAACAAAAUGAUGCUCACGGCCCCGCUGCUCUCGAAGACUUCUUUCUUCGGCUCAUUGGUCAACAAAUGCAGGCAAGUGAUAAAAAAUCAACCGUCCAAGUCUUCCAAACAAAAUGACAGACAAACGGACAAUAAUAACGAUUUACAAUCAUCAAAUUCUCUAACUGCCACUCUUCCGGUAAUUGCUCCUAUCUCCAUCUCUACCGACAGGCCAGCGGCCAUUGCGAACUUCACUUUAAGGUCCGUAUCUUCUGUCCGCACACUUGAAGAGAAACUUGGUCUACCUCCGCGCCCGAAAAAGCCAUUAACUCCGUACUUUCGCUACAUGCAAGAUCAGCGGCCAAAAAUACUUGCUGAAAAUCCCAAAUUUAGCACAGUCGAUGUGGUGCGAUUAGUAUCGAAGCGAUGGAGCGAUGCUGAUGCAGCAUUAAAAAAACGCCUGCAAGACGAAUACAAACGUGAACAACAAGCGUUUGUAGAAAUUCGUGCCAAAUACGAAGCUAAAAUGUCUGAUGAACAACGUGCCGAGCUAAAACAGCUUAAACAGGAUAUACAAGAUGCGAAGGAGCGUAGAAUGAUGCGAAAGCGCAUCAAAGAACUUGGACGUCCUAAAAGACCCGCCUCGGCAUUUUUACGAUUCCUCAGAGAAGAGCGUACAAAUUCGCCACAACCGAUAAAGCAGACAUAUCGAGAAUGGCAUCAGAGGUGUACGGAAAAAUGGUCCCGUCUUUCAGAUAAGGAAAAAGAAGUGUUCUUAGUAGAAUCACGCAAAGAUAUGGAAUUGUAUAAAAAGGAAAUCGCGCUAUGGGAAGAAAAGAUGGUGCGCUUGGGUAACAUUGAUGUAGUGCGUCACGGUAAUUUGAUUGAUCCACCGGAACCUAAGACGAAGGGCAUAAAACCAACCGCCUAGUUGGCCAAUUAAGCUGAACAUUUCUUCCUAUUGUCUUUUAUACAUUUGCAAUAUGAGAUGCAUAUUCCUUAAGUUUUUGCAUAUUCAGUAUAAAAAUGCAAAUUUUGUUGAAUGCGCGCUCUAUACAAAUAUUAAUGUUU